AUGACUGAACAACCAAGGCCUCGUGUGCUCAUAGUUGGCGCAGGCGCCAUGGGCCUGGUCACAGGAUACAUCCUCACGCUGGGAGGCUCCGACGUCACCUUCCUGGUUCGACCGCAUCGGGCAGAAAUCCUGAGCCGCCCUCAGUUACUCUAUUCGUUCGAUGACCAUCAGCUCAAGAUAUACAAGGACUACAAGUUCAUCACAGACCCCGCAAAGAUGAUUGGCGCAAACUACGAUUACAUCCUGAUCACGCUCGAUGGCCACGUGUUGAAAAGCGAAACUGGUGUGAACCUGGUAAAGACAAUGGGGGAGGCGGUGCGCGGGACAAAAACGCGUGUCCUGAUCGGCACAGUCUUUAUCGACCUUAGACCCUGGUUCUUGGAGACCUCCGGCAUCAACGGCGAACAAGUAACCACUUGCCAACUGAUCAUACACUCCUAUGAACCCAAGAACGUAACAUGCCGUCUGCACGAAGGAACGGACCCAAAGCUCUUGCAGCAGGCCGACCAGGCGUACACCGACAAACUUGGGGUCGGGUUCUUCGCCGAUGACAGUGGCCCGGCGGUGGCGGAGGGUUUUGCGAAGCUGUACAAUGCCAGUGGACUGUCGAAGUGUGAUAUUGUAUCCCCAGAGCAACUUGCCGCAAUGUCUGUGCCUAACUUCCCUCUCCUGGCGGUGUCUGAUCUGUUGGGCUGGCCGGAUUACGAAGAUGUUGAUCCGAAUGGAGAACUGUGGACCCUUGCUGUCGAUUCAGUAAAGGAUAUUCAAGGGCUGAAGCUGUUGGGGCAGGCAGGACAGAAGAUGAUCGAAUCCACGACGGCUGAGGGGCUGAAGAAUCAGUUUGUCGGUAUACAGAAAGCAAUGCUUCCUAUGGACUGGCCCGACUUCAACAGGUACCACCAUGGCGGCAAGGUUAACGUCCAGGACCAGGAACUACUUCAAACUUGUAUUGCCUAUGGCGAGGCCGAGGGCAAAGCAAUGUCCGCAACCAAAGAGUUGCUCAGGAGGGUUCAGGCAAAGCAUCAGUGA